CUAUUACACCAUUAGAUUUAAUAUUAAAUUCUACAAGUAAUGCUAAGAAGCCACCUUAUAAACAGCAACUUUCAAUUCAACAAAAACAAAAAGAAAAGCAUGAUGAACAUGUUAAGAAAAUUUUAUUUCAUAUUGGAGAUAAAGUAUUAUUAUAUCAAUCUGCUCAAGCUAAGGUUCAUAGUGAUAAAUUUCGAGAAAAAUAG